AUGCAACCCUCAUCUGUUCGACAAAGUCCAGUAACAGACACCGAAACCACUGAGGAGCAUCCUGAGGCCCCGACGGUGAGCCAACCACUUGAACACGGCGAAAACGUUACGAACAACACGUGCAACAACGAGUUGUCGACAGAUAUACAAAGCGAACCGGACACUGAGGACCAGCCACGAGAUGUAUUCGGUCCUCUCCUCGCACCGCAGCUCCAGCCAUAUGCUGCUAGCCCUCGCGGCGCAUUAUUAGCACAUUCUACCCCUUAUCUCCCGUAUAUACUGCCACCCCCGCUUCACUAUGCAUACCACGGAACGGCACAAGCACCAUACUUCUCUGUACCAUCAACCCCCUCCCACUUGAAGAGUUAUCUCCCUUCACAAUUUGUCACCAUGGUCCCUCCGACAGCUAUCCCUGAUACCGCAAUCAGAGGAACCCGAACUACUGUCAACGACAUUGAAGACAUUUUUAUCAAGGACCUCUUCUCAGGCAUUCCGAUCUCCAUUACAGGCCGAAGUGUCGCUGGGUGGUACAACUCUCUCCCGGUUAAGGAGCGCAUUCUCCUUGCAUUGCGCUGUCUAAAGAGACUCGGAUUCUCGAGCAUCGGGGAGUUUUUUGUUCAGCUCUUUACACCCGGCCACAAUACACAUCAAGAAGUGUAUCAAACAAUAGCUGCAUUCUUGCGGAAGAGGAGCAGGCCUGGUACACACCCUAUUGACAUCCUCAGGCUCAUAUACAACCACAAGAAAUCUGAGGUCUUCGAAGAUGGUAGUGCCAUUCCGGCUUCAUUCGAUUCUCUGCCUCCCUAUGCGCGGUCCCCUUCCGCUCGCUUCUCUCCUUCAGUUCGAGUGUCAGAGCAGGCUCCUGUGAUGUUCGCCUUAUUGUUGACCAUUGCAGUUAAUGAUUGGACCAGAAAGAAGAUUCAAGAUUGUGUCGAGAUUCGGUCACAGAGUGUUGAUAGUGCGCAAGACGAUGCAAUGGCAGACAUCUUCGAAAUCUUGGAGCCAGAGGCAGACGAAAGUGAAGAUGAUGCUGCUGCCGAUGAGACUUUGGCAAUGUUGAAGAUACGCAGAGACCCGUGGUUGCUAGGUGCAGACUCGAGUGAGCGCAUAAAAAGCUGGGGUAGGAGGGUUAAGACAAAGGCCCCCAAUUUUCUCAUUCUGUACGACAACGUGAACAAGAUGAGCCGUGCAUGGCAAAAGAUGUUGGCACACUCGGACGAAGUCCACAGUGGUACUGCCGCAACUCUCAUUAAGCUGGAGGAUGUUCCUAUGGGAGCUUUGGACUUAGAUCCACUGCUUAGUAACCUGUUGAAGAAGGAACGCCUCAAGAUAACACUGAAGGACCUCCUUGAUGAUAUCGACUGGGCACAUAUUCGUGGUGUUGGUGCAGGCCAUGUACUACGAAUCUGGUUGAAGUACAUUCCCAUCCUGUCCCCUCGCCGUGAUGCUGUGGUGAAGCUAUUCACUGAGUCGCACAAAAAGCGACUGCUACGCCUUCGCAAGAGUGAAAUAGAGUCACUCCGGUGCUCUAAUAUCGAUGAAUCAAUGACCGUCGGCACUUUCCUUCUUAUUCGCACACGAACCAAGCCCCGUGUCUUCUUUCCCAUGAUUAUCUUGCUAAUGCGCUCGCUCUGCAGCAUCCAUGGCAUAAUGACGGCCACACGUAUGUCGUUACCUUCACAUAGCUCAUUGAAGAGGUCUCUUCCUUCAUAG